AUGUCGUCCAGCAAUCUAUUCAAGGCUACGGUCAAUGAGUACCUCGAGGGCCUUCCACAGCCCGUACAAUCUAAGUUGUACGAGGCCCCUGCGACUUGUCUAGCCAUUUUUAGAUUGUUAACACCCAUGGCCAAGUUCUAUAUAAUGACGAUGUUAUUCAACGAUCGACCGGUAGCACUUCGAGAUUUGGACAGAUGGUGCAAGCCACAUGCAAAAAAGUUACAGUUUGACUCUCUUAAACGGUUGACAUCAUUGCAUUUGAUAGAAGAAGACAGAGGAGGGAAUCAUAUACGGCUUAAUCCUACCUUUCGCCAGAACUUUCGCAACUGCUUGACCGGUUCUCAGCAACUGAAUGCGUUUGGUAAUCUUUGUACAACCACAGAUAAGCAUAGAGUAGAUAUCUCGUUCUUAGAUAAUUUUGCAUCCUCCAAAUGGGAAACUAUUCUUCAUUUCAUGGUGGGCACUGAGGCCACCGCUACACCUACAACGUCAGUACUUUCAUUAUUGAAGCUGGGAGGCUUGAUGGAAGGACCCGGUAAUAGUCCCCAAAACCUCAAAAUCACCAACACUGGUUUCCAGUUCCUUUUGCAGGACGUCAACGCUCAGAUUUGGACGUUGUUGCUCCAGUAUUUGAACUUGACCCAGGAAUUGCAUAUGGACCCUGUAGAUGUAUUGAACUUUAUCUUUGUGUUGGGUUCACUAGAACUUGGUAAGAGUUACUUGGUAUCCAGUUUGAGUGCUACGCAGGUGAGUAUGUUGGCGGAUUUGCGCGAUUAUGGGCUUGUUUACCAACGAACAGACUCUUCUGGUAGAUUCUAUCCCACCAGACUUGCUACAACGUUGACAUCAGAUUCAGCAGCCUUGAAAACACCUUCUAUGGCUAUAGAACAAGCACUUGGAGCUUCAGAUGGAGGUGAAGAACAACAGAUUGACACUCCAACGGGUAACCAGGGUACUGUAAUCAUCGAGACAAACUUCAAGUUGUACGCAUACACCAACUCUCCGCUUGAGAUAGCUAUUCUCAACCUCUUUGUCCAUCUAAAGUCUAGAUUCACCAAUAUGGUGUGUGGGCAAAUCACAAGAGAGUCUAUUCGUAGUGCCUUGUACAACGGCAUUACCGCAGAUCAGAUCAUCAAGUUCUUGGAAACUCACGCGCAUCCCCAGAUGAAGUUGUUGGCAAAGGAGAAAUUGGACAAGAAGAUUGAAUUCGAUACAAGCCAUAAUAUCAACACUGCUGGAGGUGCUCCACAAUCAAAAGUGUCAGGUGAAGGCAAUGUAGCUCAGCAUAAGUUAGAAAUUCUUCCUCCAACAGUAGUAGAUCAAAUAAAGCUCUGGCAAUUGGAAUUAGAUAGAAUCCAAACAUUUGAUGGGUAUCUUUUCAAAGACUUCUCUAACCAACAGGAGUUCGACACCUUGUCCAAUUAUGCAUCAGAGGUCGGCGUUCUUGUUUGGAGUGACAAAAUCAAAAAGAAAUUCUUUGUUACAGCAGAAGGGAUGACGCAGGUGGCCGAGUUUGCCAAUAGGAAGUUCCAAAGAAACAGACAGUAA